AAAGGAGAUGACGUCAUCGGUCCGCGCCGAUGUAAACACGGAGUGAGUAGUGAGAAUGGCGGCAGAUAACGAAGUUUCGAAACCAGUUCGGCCCAAAAAAGAGGCCCAGCCUCUGGUCAUACCGAAAAAUGCCACCGACGAGCAGAGGCUGAAGCUGGAGCGGCUGAUGAGGAACCCGGACAAACCUGCCCCAAUACCUGAAAGGCUAAAAGAAUGGAACCCAAGAGCUCCACCAGAAUUUGUCAGAGAUGUUAUGGGUUCCAGUGCUGGUGCUGGCAGUGGGGAGUUUCAUGUGUAUCGCCAUCUCCGUCGCAGAGAGUAUCAGAGACAAGAAUUCAUGGAUGUCAUGUCUGAGGAGCAAAAGCUGGAUGAACAAUUUCAAAUAAAAGUAAAGGAUAACCAAGUGAAGGCAGAGGAGAGAACAGCAAAACGCAGAUUGAAAAGACAAAAACUUAAAGAGAAGAAAAAGGCUAAAAAAGCAAAACCAGAAGACGAUGGAACAGAGAAGGAUCCUCAAAAAGUGGAAGAUAAGAAGAUGAGUGCUGAAGAUUCUGAAGAGGAUGAGUCUGAUGACUAGACGUUAUAUUGUGUUAGGAGCUAUUUAUGGACUUUUUUUUUUUCCUUGGGCUGAAGAUCUUCCAAAAAUUAGGAUUUGAACGUUAUUGGACUUGGAUCACGGCACUGAUUUAAAACUGGAUGCUAAAACACAGCCAGUCAUACAAUAACAACAAGAGUGACAGACCCAAUAUGUAUAUUUUAUUUUGUGGUAGUUACAAGUCAUAAUUGUAUUGUUCAUGAACAAAUUCAUUUAUUAUUAUUUAGCCCUGGUUUUCACUGGUGCGUUUUGACAUGUCAAAUCAGCGGCAUUUGCAGGGUCCUGAUCGGUGUGACACCGCAUCUGUGGCAUUGUAACGAUUUAAAAAAAAAGUAGUUUCUGUACUACUUUUUGAGAUUUCGGGCCGUGAUUUACUUUGACAUCCUGUGCAGAGACCUGCAUGGAUGUCUCAGAAAUCGCGUUUGAAAUUGGUACUGAUAGGGAGUGAAAUCGUGCGAGUUCAACGAAACUCGCACGGCUUCAUUCUGGCAGCGCAGUGUGAACCUGGGCUUACACACAAGGCAGAUAUUGUAGAAUUUGACCAUACAGAUUAACAUUGUUCUUCCAUAUGGUUAUUAUAAGGGUUCCAUAUAUUUAAGGGAUAUUUCAGAGACACUAGUUAAGCAAGCCUGUCACAGUUGGCCUUAUGUAAAAAUUGAAAAUCCAGCCUUAAAUUAUAACUGUGCAGAUGUAAUUAUGAAAGCUGUAUAUUUUCACCCUGGUUUCACAUGAUCAUGUCAAGUCUGACAGUUGCUUCUAUAACUGCCUCACCCCACCUACUGUUUCCCCAUUCUUUAGGCUACAUUCACACUGGAGCGGUGCGCCACCGCCACUAAAACACCGCUAUUUUCUGUCCUUUUUUAAAUCAAUGGGCAGGGCUGCCGAAUCGCCGGCAAGGGGUUUUAACCCUCUUUUGGCCGCUAGCGGCCGUUAAAAGGGUCCCGCUAGCGGCCGAAUAGCACUGUAGAAAGGACGGUUUGCUAGGAUGGCUAUCAGUCCAGGCAUCUGGCGAAUCCUGACUUCUAGAUUCGGUGCCUGGACUGAUCUGUGUGAUUUCAGCAGAGAGCGAACUUCAGACCGCUCUCUGCUGAAAACGGGUCACAGGAGUGCAAAACGAAAUGCACUCCUGUGAUCCAUAGAAGCUCAGGCUGGGCUUCUCCUUUAAUACUGAGAGAAUGUUUGGCUUUAUAUGCAUUUUAAACAAGAAUUGUAAUACUUAAAAAAAAUUCUGCUGGCUCAUAUAGGAGUGUGUGCUACCUCAUGAAAUUAUAUCUUUUAUUUACUAUUUAAAUUUUACUAAGGAGUAUAGCUAUCACUAUACAUUCAGUGUUCUGACGAAUAACUUUUGGGUCCCUGAUACAGCAGCUGCCUGCCCCUCCUCUCGCCAAAUCAUGGAAGGCUUUGUAUUAUGUGAAUCCAUUGGAAAAAUACAAAGUAUUUUUUGAAUGGACAGGACAGGGACGGGGCUGGCAGAGCGGCUGCUGUGUGGCAGAGCGGCUGCUGUGUGGCAGAGCGGCUGCUGUGUGGCAGAGCGGCUGCUGUGUGGCAGAGCGGCUGCUGUGUGGCAGAGCUUAUCUCUCCUGACAGAGUGCUGGGAGUAUAGCCCUAGCUGUACUCCCAGGACUAAGUAAAAAAAA